GCUAUCCUCCCAUCUCAGCCUCCCAAAGUGCUCAGAUACAGGCAUAUGCCACUGCAUCUGACCAAGAUUACCAUUUUCUGAAAAGCGGUAGCAGAAGUUCAUGAGAUUUUGAAUAUGAAUCUGAAACCCAUGUAAAAGUUUCAUUUUUGUUCUUGUGACUUAGUUUCUGGUAUUUUAUUAAAUAAAAUGGUUUCUAGCUUGACGUAGAUUUCAGUUCAUGAGUUCUAUUAAAAUUCCUUCCCUGAAACAACUUGGUACUUUUGCUUGUGUGUCUGGCAUUAAUUUUCUUUUCAUAUUAGCAUUGCCGUUUAGCAUUAAGUGAAAGCAGAUUCAUGGUAAUUAACAAAGGAAUUACAAAUGGCCACCACAAAUACUGAAAGAAGUCAUUGAUUUGAUAUUGCAGUGAAUACCAGAGGUUGUAGUGAUUUUCCACUUAUAAAAAGUGAAUUGUCCAUUUAACUGUGGAAGUCUAAGCAAAUGUACUUAAUGUAUGUUGUAUUAGUCAAUGCAAAAAGUUAAAUAUGCCCAGGCUGAAAGAAAGCAUAUACUGUAUGGUCAUUCCUAUGCCAAAUGAUUUAUUUGGAAUUUAAACAAAUUUGUCAAGUAUUUUGUUCCUAAUUUAGGAAUAAAAAGCAGCUAAUGAUUUCUGACAUCGUACAUAGAUUAGUAGCACAUAACUCUGUUAUUUAGUAAUCACUAUAGAUAGUAAGGAAUUAAAGUUGUUAGUGAGGAAAACAGGAGUAUCCUGCCAUUUGCUUUCGUUCUUUUUGUGAUAGUUUUGAGGUGCGAUCAAUCCUGUGUGCAAGUCACUCAAGCAACCAGAAAGUGUCUUUGUAAUAUGCAUUGGUUUUCAUCUCAUGAAGUUCCAAUUAUUUAUCAUCCUUGCCACUCUUUGGCAAUUACAUUGAUUUCAAAAAGGAAUUCUGAUUCAUCUUAGUGUUUCAUAGAAUUGAAACACAAAGUAGCUUUACAGGUUUAAAGUUAUGAUAAGAAAAAGUCAUAGAGUUUUCUGAUGUUUUAAUAAUGACAUUGUUGGAAAAGUCAGUACCUGUCAUAUAGCUCACAUAACAUUCUUCUUGCAGAGUGAACGAGAAAAGAGGAGCUUUGUUUUUCAUCCUUUUUUUGUAGGCAGUGCUGAUCAAAUCAAGAAAUUAUUUUGGGGGAGCGGCAAGAUGGUGGCGCGGACAGCACUCGGGGCCAUGUGCCAGCGCCUCUGGCAAGGAUUGGAGAAUUUUUCUGUAAACAGUUAUAAGGGCAGUACCGCCAAAAAUGGUGGCUUUCUUCUUACCAGUAUGAAGUGGGUACGGUUUUCAAAUCUACAUGUUGAUGUUCCAAAGGAUUUGACCAAACCUGUGAUAAUGAUCUCCGAUGAACCAGACACAUUAUAUAAGUGCCUGUCCGUUUUAGUGAAAGGACAUGAUAGGGCUGUAUUGGACAGCUAUGAAUAUUUUGCUGUGCUUGCUGCUAAAGAACUUGGUAUCUCUAUUAAAGUACACAAACCUCCAAGGAAAAUAGAGCGAUUUACCCUUCUCAAAUCGGUGCAUAUUUACAAGAAGCACAGAGUUCAGUAUGAAAUGAGAACACUUUACAGAUGUUUAGAGUUAGAACAUCUAACUGGAAGCACAGCAGAUGUCUACUUAGAAUAUAUUCAGCGAAACUUACCUGAAGAAGUUGCCAUGGAAGUAACAAAGACACAAAUAGUACAGUUACCAGAACACAUCAAGGAGCCAAUCUGGGAAACAGUGUCAGAAGAAAAAGAAGAAAGCAAGUCCUAAAGCCUCAGGGAGGCCAUUUGUACCUGAAUUUGAAAUGAGGGUGGGCCAGAUGGGUAUGUUUAAAUGGAGAGUGCUUCCCGCUGGAAAAAAAAAAAA